GCCAAGUGGCAGCUAAAAACAUCGAUCCCUGUUGGUUACAGACCCCGGGGGAGGUGGAUGAAAUGCCACACGCGCGGUGUGUUUUUUGAUCAGCUAGCCUCAAGGCCUCUCUUGGAACUGAAAGGACUCACAAUGGGUGCGACUCCGAGGGAACCGGCUGAAUUUCUAUAAAUCAGGCAGCAGAGACAUCCCACACUCUGCCGACAGAGCGUCUGCAGCGUGGGGUGAGAGGUUCUUCUGAGAACUAACAUCUAUAACACGCUUCUCAUGUGCGUCCGCUUAAUCCUCGCCGCAAGCCCGCUGCUCUGCUCGCGCCCGCUCCGCGACGAGGAACCGAAGCUGAGUGCAGAGAGGGGCGGGGCCUUGAACCCCGGCAGCCAGACUCCACGGCCGUGCUGUCACCCUCUGUGCGGCCCCAGGGAGGGGGCAGCGGACGAACACAGUUCAUCAAAAACGAACAGAAGCUGCAGAUGAAAGAGGAGAAGAUGAAAGUCCUGGGCAGACCUAUCACAGAGAGAGAAGAAACGCAGUCACCAUGCAGCCACAGAGUGUCCAGGGGCUCGGCAAGAUCAGCGAGGAGCCUUCGACAUCUAGUGACGAGAGGGCCUCACUGAUCAAGAAGGAGAUCCAUGGGUCCCUGCCUCACCUGGCUGAGCCCUCUGUGCCGUACCGCGGGACUGUGUUUGCCAUGGACCCCAGGAAUGGUUACAUGGAGCCCCACUACCACCCUUCUCAUCUCUUUCCUGCAUUCCACCCUCCUGUGCCGAUUGAUGCGAGACAUCAUGAGGGGCGUUACCAUUAUGACCCGUCUCCGAUUCCUCCAUUGCAUGUGCCUUCUGCCUUAUCUAGUAGCCCCACGUAUUCAGACCUGCCCUUCAUCAGGAUCUCCCCUCACCGGAACCCCGCUGCAGCUUCUGAGCCCCCCUUCAGCCCUCCGCACCCCUACAUCAAUCCCUACAUGGACUACAUCCGGUCUCUUCAUAGCCCGUCCCUCUCCAUGAUCUCGGCCGCCCGGGGGCUCAGCCCCACAGACGCCCCCCAUGCCGGGGUCAGCCCAGCAGAAUACUAUCACCAGAUGGCUCUGCUAGCUGGCCAGCGCAGCCCCUAUGCAGACAUCAUUCCCUCCGCGGCCACUGCCGGCGCUGGGGCCAUCCACAUGGAAUAUCUUCACGCCAUGGACAGCACCAGAUUCCCCAGCCCCAGGCUGUCAGCCAGGCCGAGCCGAAAACGUACACUGUCCAUAUCACCGUUGUCCGAUCACAGCUUUGACCUUCAGACUAUGAUAAGGACAUCUCCCAACUCCUUGGUCACGAUUCUCAAUAAUUCCCGCAGCAGCUCUUCAGCAAGUGGUUCCUAUGGUCACUUGUCUGCAAGUGCAAUCAGCCCUGCCUUGAGCUUCACCUACCCUUCUGCACCCGUGUCUCUCCAUAUGCAUCAGCAAAUCUUAAGCCGACAACAGAGCUUAGGCUCGGCCUUUGGACACAGCCCUCCACUCAUCCACCCUGCCCCAACUUUUCCAACGCAGAGGCCUAUUCCUGGGAUCCCUACGGUUCUGAACCCCGUCCAGGUCAGCUCUGGCCCUUCCGAGUCCUCACAGAACAAGCCCACGAGUGAGUCCGCGGUGAGUAGCACCGGUGACCUGAUGCACAACAAACGGUCCAAGAUCAAACCCGACGAAGACCUGCCCAGCCCAGGGCCACGGGGUCAGCAGGAACAGCCGGAAGGGACAACCCUAGUGAAGGAGGAAGGGGACAAAGACGAAAGCAAACAGGAGCCUGAAGUCAUCUAUGAAACAAACUGCCACUGGGAAGGUUGCACGCGGGAGUUCGACACCCAGGAGCAGCUGGUGCACCAUAUAAAUAAUGACCAUAUUCAUGGUGAGAAGAAGGAAUUCGUGUGCCGAUGGUUGGAUUGCUCGAGAGAGCAGAAGCCCUUCAAAGCCCAGUACAUGCUGGUGGUGCACAUGAGGAGACACACGGGGGAGAAGCCUCACAAAUGCACUUUUGAAGGUUGCACAAAGGCCUACUCGAGACUAGAAAACUUGAAAACGCACUUGAGAUCCCACACUGGAGAGAAACCGUACGUCUGUGAGCACGAAGGUUGCAACAAGGCUUUCUCAAAUGCCUCCGAUCGCGCCAAGCACCAAAACAGGACGCAUUCCAAUGAGAAACCGUAUGUGUGCAAAAUCCCAGGCUGCACUAAGCGCUACACAGACCCCAGUUCCCUCCGGAAGCAUGUGAAGACAGUGCAUGGCCCAGAGGCUCAUGUCACCAAGAAGCAGCGUGGGGACAUACAUCCUCGGCCUCCCCCACCACGAGAUUCCGGCAGCCACUCACAGUCCAGGUCACCUGGCCGGCAGACUCAGGGAGCCCUUGGUGAGCAGAAGGACCUCAGCAACACUACCUCAAAGCGGGAAGAAUGCCUCCAAGUGAAAGCAGUCAAGGCAGAGAAGCCCAUGCAGACAUCUCAGCCAAGCCCUGGUGGUCAGUCUUCAUGCAGCAGCCAACAGUCCCCCAUCAGCAACUAUUCCAACAGUGGGCUCGAGCUUCCUCUGACCGACAGCGGGGGUGUGGGAGACCUCGGGGCCAUCGACGAAACCCCAAUCAUGGACUCGACCAUUUCCACUGCCACCACGGCCCUCGCUUUGCAAGCCAGGAGGAAUCCGGCAGGGACCAAAUGGAUGGAACACGUAAAACUAGAAAGGCUCAAACAAGUGAAUGGAAUACUGCCACGACUGAACCCCAUUCUACCCCCCAAAGCCCCUGCAGUCUCUCCUCUCAUAGGAAACGGCACUCAGCCCAGUACCAGCUGCAGUUUGGGCGGGCCCAUGACUCUGCUCCCGAACAGAAGCGACCUUUCUGGUGUGGACAUCACCAUGCUGAACAUGCUCAACCGGAGGGACAGCAGCACCAGCACCAUCAGCUCCGCCUACCUGAGCAGCCGGCGCUCCUCGGGCAUCUCCCCCUGCUUCUCCAGCCGCAGGUCCAGCGAGGCGUCCCAGGCCGAGGGCCGGCCCCAGAACGUGAGUGUGGCCGACUCGUACGACCCCAUCUCCACGGACGCGUCGCGCAGGUCCAGCGAGGCCAGCCAGUGCGAGGGCCUGCCCAGCCUGCUCAGCCUCACGCCCGCGCAGCAGUACCGGCUGAAAGCCAAGUACGCGGCGGCCACGGGCGGGCCGCCCCCCACGCCGCUGCCCAACAUGGAGAGGAUGAGCCUGAAGACCCGGAUGGCCCUGCUGGGCGACGGCAGGGAGCCCGCGGGGGCCCUGCCCCCCGUCCACCCUCCGCGGAGGUGUAGCGACGGGGGCGCCCACGGGUCGGGCCGCCGCCCUCUACUGCCCCCGGACGUGCUGGGCAACGGCGUGAGGAGGGCCAGCGACCCGGUGAGGACGGUCUCCGAGAGCCUCUCCCUGCCCCGCGUGCAGCGGUUCAGCAGCCUCCACGGCUUCGACCACCCGGGUUUGCCCCCAUCCCUGGACAAGCGGAACUUAGUGCUUCAGAACUACACUCGGCCCGAGGGCGUCCCGCCCCGCCACUUCCUGCCGUCUCCCUGCCCUCCGAGCAUCACUGAGAACAUCACCCUGGAGUCCCUGACCGUGGACGCCGACGUGAACCUGAACGAUGAGGAUUUCUUGCCCGAUGACGUGGUGCAGUAUUUGAAUUCCCAGAACCAAGCGGGAUACGAGCAGCACUUCCAAAGCGCCGUCUCUGACGACGGCAAAGUGCCCCCCGGGCCCGGCUUGGGGAGCGGGCCCGGGGACUUUGAGCCUCCGGGGCUGCCCGACGGCCACGCCGGCCAGCAGUACCGCCGGCUGGAGCAGCCCUGCACCGAAGCCAGCAAAUCCGACUUGCCCAUUCAGUGGAACGAAGUCAGCUCCGGCAGCGCCGACCUGUGCUCCUCCAAGCUGAAAUGCGGCCCGCGGCCCACGGCGCCGCAGCCGCGAGCCUUCGGCCUCUACGGCAACCCGGGCGCGCACCCACAGGAUGCCUUGAGGAGCGGAGCUGGCCCAGCCGGGGCCUACCAGAGCCUCGCAGAGCCCGGCAGCUCCUACGGCGGCCCCGAGCACAGCGGAAACGCCUUCCACGCACAGCCCUACAAGGCCCAGCAGUACGGGAACUGCCUCAACAGGCAGCCGGGGGCGCCCGGCUUGCCGGACGGCGUGUGUGGGGCCGGGAUUCCAGCGGCAAAGCUGAAAAGCACCUCAGCGCAGGGAAGCGGGAGCCAGCCAGAGUUUGGCCUGUCGCCGGGGGUGCCCGGCGAGUCCGCGGGCGCCGCGGUGAGUGGCAUGGCCACCCAAGACCUGGUGGGACAGGGGUACCUGGCCCAUCAGCUCCUCAGCGACAGCGUGCACCACCCAGGGGCCGGCCGCGGCGCUCAGCAGAUGCUAGGGCAGGUUAGCGCUACCUCACACCUCAACGUCUAUCAAGGGCCGGAGAGCGGCCUGCCGGGGCCUCCCUGCAUCGGCAGCCAGCCGGCAGGCUUGGCGGCCGCCAGGGGCUACCAGCCGUGUGCCGGCUACGGGGGCGGUCGGCGCCAGGCUGCGCUGAGGGGCAGCCUCUCUCUGCAGCAGGGACAGCUCAGUGACACAAGUCAGACCUGCAAGGUGAACGGCAUCAAGACGGAGAUGCAAGGGCAGCCCCAUCAGCUGUGUUCUAACGUGCAGGGUUACUCUGGUCAGUUCUAUGACCAACCCGUUGGCUUCAGUCAGCCCGACAUGAAGACUGGUUCCUUCUCCAUCUCGGAAGCCAACUGCCUGCUACAGGGGGCCAGCGCCGAAAACUCUGAAUUACUUUCCCCGGGUGCUAACCAGGUGACCAGCACGGUUGACGGCCUUGAUGGCCAUGACCUGGAAGGGGUGCAGAUUGAUUUUGACGCCAUCAUAGACGACGGGGACCACGCCAGCCUGAUGUCAGGAGCCCUGAGCCCCAGCAUCAUUCAGAACCUUUCCCUUUCCUCCUCCCGCCUCACUACGCCCCGCGCGUCCCUCCCGCUGCCGGCGCUGUCCGUGAGCACCACCAACAUGGCCAUCGGGGACAUGAGCUCCUUGCUGACCUCCCUCGCGGAAGAAAGCAAAUUCCUUGCGGUUAUGCAAUAGGGCGUUAGGGGAGAAGGCUGCCAACCAACGUGAAACUUUAGGAGUUUAAAAGAUUAAAUGGACUCAGUUUUUUUGUUUUGUUUUUUUUUUUUUGCUGUUGUUUUGUUUUGUUUUGUUUUUAGUUCUGUAUGUAUUUUAGCAAUCUCAUCUCACCUAACUGGGAUGUGUUUCAAGUAUAUUCCUUUUAUGGAAAAGGACUCUGAACAACCCUAAAGUAUUCUAGGGAGAAACUGUCUUCCAUUUCAGUUUUGAAUCAGUAUUGUUACACUAGAACCAUCCUCUUUUUUUUUUUUUAACUAUAAGCCCAUCCCCCUUUCUAGUAAACCAGUGUAAAUGUGCGAUGUGCAUGUUCUCAUUUCUUUUCAAAGAGAGGUCAGACGAAAGGAUUUGAUAUGUUUCUCUGUUACUCAAAGGAAAUAGGAGUUGGUGUGCUUUUUGACCGAGGGGUGAUGCUUCCAGCUUUUCAAAUUUCCCUUUACAUGUGCUCUGUGUUUGUUUUUGGUUUUUUGGAGGGUUUUCGUUUUGUUUUGUUUUUGUUUUUGGUUAAUUCCCACACUGGGCACAAGAAUCGGAAUAAGGAUAGUGAGUUUAAGAAUCUCUGGUGGGGGCGCUGUAGCAGAGAUAACCAUUUUUUUUACCUGCUCCCCCUCCUCGUUCCCUCCCCCCCACCCAGUUCAGGUCAGGGCAUGCUUUCAACACUUGCACACAGCGGGAAUUUGGGGCUCUGGCAGAUGAACUAGUUUGUUCACGGUUGGGGUUUAGAAUUCUCCUGUCCGUGAGUGCACUCAGGGCAGGUACGUCUACACGCUCAACUCCUCAGUUAUCUGUCUUGCUUUUUCUCCCUCCGUCCCCAUGACCGUUCGAUGCUGUUCCGCGCUCCAGGGAGAGAGGGGAAGGGCCACAAGUUUGCUACUUGCAUCUGUCCCGACGAGAAGUUAGGUAGAUUGUAGAGUGAAGCUACUGGGUAGAGAUAGUUGGGGGAACAUUUGUGGGUUUGCUGUAUUUGUUAAUGAUAGUUCCAUCUCUUUACCCGUUGUCAUAGGUAACUGAGAAUUGAUUAUAUAUAGUUCCAAGUAUAUAGGUAUUGAAACAACCCGGCAGCCGCCUAUGUCAUUGCCAUAUAUUAAUUCCACUGUAGUGAAGGAGUAUUUCUAUUCUAAGUGCCCUAUUUUAAGGGAUUGGUAAAACUUAGUUGUGAAAGAAAAAGCUCACGUAUGAUGACCUUUGGAAUAAAUCCCUUUAACAAUUGUUAGUGUUUAAGAGCACUGGGGAGGACGGUUAGUAGCUGUGUGGAUGGAUGCCUUUUCUUACACCCAGUCUAUUAAACGAUGCAUCCAUUUAAGAAGUUAAAUGUUCUAUGCAGUUAGUCCUGAAUGUGGACUUAAUUUGUACUUUAGUUUUGGAUUAAAACAUUUUAAAGACUAAAAGGAGUACAGCUACUUCCCAUGUGCAGUCGAUACACAUAAAAGACAUACUAUGUGUGCACAGAGUACAUGGAUUAUCCAGCAUUUCACAUUUACAAAUAUGUAAACUAUUAAUAAUAAAAUAUUAACACCUCAGACUACCUGCUCCUUUUUUCCCAUUGACCCUGGAGUUGGAUUUAUCCAGAGUGAUUCAUGAGUCAAUUGGGUGGCUUUUUCCCUUUAUUCCUGCCAUUUGAAUUAGUAUUAGACAAAGUCAAGUAAAAUAAAAUAAUAGGUCAUAGGAAAACAAAAUGUUAGAUCCAGCCCGUUUUUCUCACGUUUGUGUUCUCUCAUUUGGACCAAGAAUCUCAGCGUGGAGGUAAACGUGCCCUUUGGGACUUUGUGGCUAACAAAGUUGGGUUUGCUUUCAAUUGGAUGUUCCUGAAAUCAAGAGGGAUGUUGAGACCCUUCCCGCCCACAGCCAGCACCUACUUUUAGGUCAAAGGAUGCAUCUGCUGUGGAACAGAGCCCCAAAGCAAAAGACGGCUACUGAUCUGAGCUCAGUGGAGUGGAGUCUACCAAGCUCCAACAGAAAAGAGCCAGGCUUUUUCCUCACACAGGUCAGGAUCCGGUCACAAAAUCAGCAAUCCAUUCCCCGAGUCUCCUUUUUCCACAAACCCGAGCAUCUCCAGGUCUUGAUCUUACAUGCUCUCACGGUUUGGUCUGACCCCCGUCCUCCCUCUGUCUCAAAGCUUGGGUCCUGGGCGUUCUCCCGUCUCCUGAGUGAGGACAGCGGGUCCCUGGCACCACACGGCCCUCCCCAGUAACAUUCCCAGAGGCGACCUCCAUUUCUCAGUUACCAUCGUUUCCUACGUCACCCUCGUCCUUCGUGGAAGGAUGGACGGCAGCUGGGUGAGGACCAUUGUCAUCUUGUGCCUCUGUUUUCCUUCACCUCUUCUUUUCCUACUUUUACCUUCUACCCUUAGAUUUGCAGGAGAUACUCUUGCUUCAGCUCCACAUUUGGCUUCUCUCCGUGGAAAUCUCAGAAAGAGGGGGGCGAGGGGAGAGGGAGGAAGAAGGCACACUUUUCCGGGAGAGCAGUGAUGCUGGACAGUCAGUGGAGGGAGGGUUUGUCGGGGCCAUGUACAAGUCUGUGGACUUGGUGUCAGCUGGGACAGGACCCACCCCAGCCUCCCACCUUCUCUCUGCUUUCCUGCCCCACGCGUUGAGGGAGACAGCAGCAGCUGCCUAGUUUCGCAUCCUGCCUUUCAAUGCAGGCUCAUACAUGGUCCUCCUGUUGACCAUCUGUGUUCACCAUAGUUUCACAGGUUAAACCAUUCCGUGUUCUUUUCUGGAGAGCUGACGAGACUGCACCCUGCUCCUCAUAUAUCGGCUCAUCCUCUCGAGCCGCAGUUGUGAUUCUUGCGAUGUAUGUGCCUUAUUUUAUGUUAAUCUCGUCGAUGCGAGGGACCAGUUGGUGUCGCCCGAUGGAUGGACCGGGGCUCCGGGCCGCGCGCUCCCCGGCCGGCCGCGAGCACACGAUUGUAGCCGAGUCUGAGCUGUCUUGUAACCCGGUUUCCCGUGUUGUUUUGAACUGAUGGAGGAUGUUCUCUUCUGACAAGUUACCGUUGUGUAUCCUGCAAACGUGUAAAAUAAGAUACAAGUUCAUUUUUUUCGCCUUUUUUAGAUUUUUAAAAAAAUAAAAUGUGUAAUCCUUUUUUAAAAGAAAACACCCUGUAAAUACAUUUAAGGAUUGUAGGCGUAGUGUUCGGAUGUGGCCGGCCCGGGGCCGUCUCGGAUCAGCCUGCAGCCGUGCGGUGAGGCCCCCAAGCCCACCUCAUGCCAGGGCUGCGGUCCCGCCACGCGUGGACUCUACUUUUGCUUUCAGAACCACCUACUCCUUUUGUAACAAAAAGAAAGAACCAUGUUUCUUACAAUGUCAAUAAAAAACGCUUUGUACUGAAA